AAUUUAGGUAAAUAACGCUAUCAGCUGUUUGCUGUAUAUUAAUUAAGGCACGUGCAGUUGUGUUUGUGAUGUAGCAUUUUUGUUUAUUUUUUGUUGCAGUCUGUUUCUCAGUUGGAUACUUUUCCAAGAGUGUAGAUUUGUCUUUUUUAUACACAAAUUACACUUGAUAUUAUUGCCUGUUAAAUAAACUUCAUUUAAUUGUAAAUUGAAAAUUUUUUAAGUCACAAAAUGCCGAAAUUUUUUGUACCUACAUCAUGGGAGAAUCUAGCAGAAGCAAUGAAGUUCCGUUCAAAAGUAUCUUUGGGCGGUGGCAGCGAUGAAGUAAAGUCUUCCCAAGCUAUAUUAAGUACUAGAAAAAAGAAGAAAGGCAAGAAACCCAAAUCAGACAAGGAUAAAGCAAAAGAUUUGGCUAAUCCAAAAGUCAAUAAAAGUGGAUUGGAACGUGGAAAAGUCCACAAGGGUCGAAUUAUCAAAAAAAAUGUCGAUAAAAAUCCACUAUCACAGGCUAAGAUCGUACUUACGUCCGGAUAUAUUGGUCCUCAUUCAGGUGAUAUGCUAUCGUCCACCAAAUUAAAUCUUAAGGAAAAUAAACAACGCAGUAAAUGUGUACCAAUCGCAUCAACUUCUAAGGAAGCUGUAAAAUUGACUGGAUCGGCUAGUACUUCUUUAGAAAAUCAUAUUUCUGAGAGUGAAGUAGUUAGACCAACCAGUUCCCAGGACAUUGGGUUAAAAGCUUUUGAAAACACUCUAAAGCAACAACUGUUAGGUGGACGCUUUCGUUACAUAAACGAACAGUUAUAUACCAUGGAUAGUACAGGCGCGAAUGAAUUUUUCAAAUGUGAUGUCGAGGCCUUUAAUGCCUAUCACGCUGGAUAUCAGCAGCAGGUGGAAAAAUGGCCUUUGAAUCCACUUGAUCGUAUAAUAAAAAUGAUAAAGCGGUUACCAAAAUCCCUAGAAAUUGUAGAUUUCGGUUGCGGUGAAGGUCGUUUGGCUACGAUGCUGCCUAAUAAGGUGUAUUCGAUGGAUUUGGUGAGCACACGAAACCAUAUAAUAGCAUGUGACAUGGCUUAUACGCCACUCAAUGACCAGUCGGUAGAUAUAGCCGUUUAUUGUCUGUCAUUAAUGGGAACGAAUCUAAAAGAUUAUUUGUUGGAGGCGAAUCGCGUUUUACGUCCUAAUGGUUUGGUAAUGAUUGCGGAGAUCCAAUCACGAUUCGAUGAUUUGCGGCAAUUUAUACGCGGACUAGAAGCUUGUGGAUUCGAAUUACUUAAGAAAGAUAUUAAUGAGCGGUUGUUUUAUUUUUUUCAGUUUAAAAAGGUACGAAACGUUGGAAAAAUAGUGUUAAUACCGCCAUUUUCUCUGAAGCCGUGUUUAUAUCGGAAACGGUAAUUGAAGUAUUAUCGUGAUGACUACUUACAUUUGAGAAAGAAUGUUACCAAAAUUACACAUAGGUGUGGUAAUCACAAUAAAUAAAAUACUAUCAUAUUAAAUUUUGUGGAUAUUAAUGCAAUUUCUCAAUAAAUUAUGAGUAUUGAUUAUUGAUCCUAUUGGGAUGCCUUAUUUAUUA